CUGUGUUUAUUGACCUUUCUUAUUUUCCCUAUUAAUUUAUUAUUGCUUGUACUUGCUACUUGUUAUUAUUUUGUGUAUGAUAUGAAUUAGUUUCCUUAUUAGUGAUUAAAAUCUAUUUGUUAGAUUAACAUUGUCUGUAAUUCUUCAGAUUCUACUCUUUCGAUGCUGCAUCACUUACCUAGAUCAUUCCCACAACAUCAUCCGAUUCUUCGAUAUGCCUUGGAUACUUACUACGGUUGUCUUCAAUCUUCAAUAAUAUGUCUGUGGCCAUAAAGGUACUGUUUAGUUUAUUUAAUUUAAUAUGUGUAUAAUGCAUUGUGUGUGCGACCGCUAUUGUGCAUUACAAAAUCCGCUUCUACAUGUUAGAUAUAAUAAUAUAACAAUACUACGUAGAUUAAUACAUAAUAAAAUAUCCUUUUACUUUCAAUUAAUCUAUCUUAAUUAUUUUCUAACCACUUUCUACACUUAUCAGCUACUUUAUUUCUUCUUGUUAAUCUGCAAAAUUCAUGUAUGUACACUUCCUUGUAUGGUGAUUAAUUGUUCGCGAGGUUUCCGCUAUCUGUGUUGUUCGACGAACAGCGCCAUGCUUCCACACUGGCUGUCGUACAUGGUGUUCUGCAAACAGAGAUCCAUAACCUAUUUUGCACGUAAACCUUCUCGUGUGAUGAUUACUUGUUCACAAGGUUUUCGCUAUCUGUAUUAUUCGACGAACAGUGUCACACCUCCUUUUGAUUUAUCCACAAUAUAGUUAUAACACUUAGUAACCUUGUAUUUUGCACUGAGACAAUUGAAACUAAUUUAUUCACUUAUUUUAGGUAGCUGUCAUACAUUAUGUUC